GACAUGCUCAAUGGCGGCAACCAGGAGUGCGGCAAGUGCUGUGGAAACAAAGCGCUGGCGUUUGUUUUCGAUCCUCUGUGCAUGUGCUUUUCGCCAGUGCAACCACUACUAGAGAAUGCACUCCACACAUGCCAUGUGUUUCCAUGCUCACGCAUUCUUCCUGAACAAUGAGUGAUGCAACCAGUGGAAACGCUCCGUGUGCCACUUCUGCUAAACGAGCUGCCCGAACAGAGGCUCAGCGCUGCCAUCAAGAGGACCCUGUUCAGAAUCAAAUUGUUUGCCACAAUAUAUCACAAAUUUUGAACAUCUAAGCAGCUGCGCUCAAAGUUAACAUUAAACGGUAUCGUAGUAGUCGGUGAAUUUUUUUUGUGUGUGCAUGCUUCAUCUGACCGAAUUUGCAACUGCAACCGACCUAAUGGCACUGAGAUUCAGGGCACGUUCCAUGGCGAAACUUCAUAGCUGCGCAAGGUAAAGCUGCAGAUCAUUGAAUGCUGCUACCGCCUCCCUUGCCAUCAAAAUUCUUGGUUCUUUAACAGGCUUUUCACCACUGGUGCCUUUUCUUGGCAUUAGUGUCCUUUCCACCAUAUAUGAAUUUGAAGACGUCGUUGGUGAUCAGUUACAAUUACAUCAUCAUGUCGUCAUCAACAGUGAUGUAUUCAUCAGCCGUCGCACCCACUGCUGUGUUAAAACAAGCUGUGGACAAGUUAUGUGAUUCCUGGAACAGGGCAGUCACUAACACUCACUGACAUUGCACGCUCAUCAGGUGCAUUGCUUGCACUGCCAUUCGUGUUAGCGCCGAGUGAAGCUUUAGUGGCUUCUACAGAGGGCACUGGCAGCGCCAUUCUAAAUUUCUUCAUUUUACAGGCACACUUGUUUUAGUGGUCCUCGUUGUUGAGGCUUUCACAAUACAUACGAAAAAUAGGAAUUUGGCCGCAACAUAAGUAAUCCUUCGUUAUACACAUCAUUUUGUUGCAGAGGCAUUUGACUCGAUGGAAAUUCUUUUAUGCACUAGGUGAGCAGUUUAAACUAAGUCUAAAUAGAUUGGCCCAUAAUUUUUCUUCCUAUUUAUAGAGAGGUUAUUAAAAAAGACACUGGAACAAUUGUAGUCCGUGCUGCAGGUUCUCUGCUAGAAUGAUAAAACCUGCAUGAUCUCACCACAAGGCAUCGUAACCUUAGCAAUGGCAGCACUGGCAGGUUUUGCCUGUACAAAUGGAAAUGGCUGCAUAUUUAAGUCUCCCUGGGUAGCAGCAGCUGCCUCAGAACUGCUGAAAUGUGCCUGGACUAAUAGACGCACGUGUUAGAAAGUGCCUUUAGAAAGUGCAGCGCCUUCAGUUGCUUACAGUAGUCGAGAAAGCAGCUGCUUUACCAUGUAGACAGGGGGAAAAUGUACAGUCAUCACCACCAUCAUCGCCUUACUUGUGUUAAACGAUUACUAACAUGAAAAUGUUGUGUCUGUUAUUUUUUCUUUCCUUUUUUAGGCAGUUGUCAACUAUAUUACUAUAGUAUUAAAGCCUAGGUUUUUUUAGAGCGUCACAAAUAAUAAAUCACAGCACCUUUUAUACCAUCUUCUGAAAGUGUGUCCCAAGAGCUGUGUAGCUUAAGCCAUAAGAAAGGAAAGCUGGCAGGCUGCCAGAAGUGGGUGUAGCAGUCACAUCAUAUCACAAACAACUUAAGAGCUGGCCAGUCAGCUCCGUGUUAUGGUUGAAGGCCAUACACUGAUUAGUCAAAAAGUUGCUGAAUUGGCCCUUUCACUUGUUCGCUUCUAUUUGAAACCCACAACAACCCACACAACAUUCCUGUCGAAUGUUGAAUGAAGCUGGCUUUGGGCUGCAUGAUCUAAAUGUGUGUGCAUGUGCGCGUCAGUGGUAUCUCGUACCACAAGACGCUGCAGCAGGUUUCGAUGCUGUGAUGGUUCUCCUUUGUCUUGUUUAAAGCCGUGCUGCAGUUUAGUGCAUUUUGAACUAGGCGCAAUAAAAGACAACAUAAUUAUUUGUUGUGUUCUCGGGGAAUUGAGGCUCCACAGCACAAUUACUGGGCUGAGGCGUAUCUAAUAAAGCAAUACUGACACGACAAAUUUUCUGUCAGUACCUCUUUAAUUGCAGGAUAAAGUCCUUUCUCAGUAAUCUCCGUUACACUCCGUCUCUCCAGUUACACUCAGUCUCCAUUACACUCCGGCUGUGUACAUCCUAUGCCUGCACACUUUCUAAUCCCACUACCUAAUCCAUCAGGCCCUUCCCCUUUGCACUCAUUCUGUCGCUCUAACAGACCACCAUGUAAUGUCAGUGUCACUCUAACAUGUCACUCAAACAUGCAUUGCAUGACCUGUCUGUAUCGAUGCCUUAAUCUCAACCAAAAUGCCACCAAGUGUGUUGCACAGAUCAAUGAAUAGGGCCGCAAUAGCUUUAAAGUCUAGUUGCGUGCCUCUACUUUACAAUUUCUUCUUUCUCUCCAAGGUAUCCUGCCCUCUGUCCAUUGUGUACUUCCAGAGGGUCGGAGGUGCUCAUCACUUGUGUCUGCUGCUGGACUGUACAGUGACGGAUGAAACGCAGUGAAAAUAUCCCUUGCGAAGCUUACUGAGAGCCAGCACCCCAUUGUGCCUUGUACAGUCAAACCUCAACGAACAUGGAUAUAAAGAAAUAUCAAAUAUAACAGUUGUUAGUUAUAAUGAAUUAUUUGAUGUAACAAAGCAAAUGAAAAAUUGUCUCCCCUGUAUUACAGUGUGACAAACACAUGUUUAUAGUGAAUAUCAGAAAGAAUUAAGUUAUUUUUAAUGCCAAAUGUGGCUUUGUUGUAAAGAGGCGAAACUGCACAGUUUCUGAACUGCGGUGGUCCAUCAGUAUUUUUCUUAUACUUGUAUUUUUAGUUGCUACAGAGGACUCUUUAUGGGCUCAUCUGUGACAGAAUCACUGAAGGAAAAUGUGUGCAUGUGUUCUUGUUUUGAUAUUUGAAUCUUGUAAGUAUCAGAUAUAUUACUCAUGGGCAAAGUUGUGUAUCAAAUAAGCAAGUAAGAUGGUAUAUAGUUGGUUACAGGUAUUAUGGAGCAUAAUAUUAUGGUGAAAAUUUAGGCAGGACUGAGAAAAAUACACAGGAAAACUGCCAAAGUCAGCUUGUGUCUGUUGUGUCUCACUUUUUUUGUGCGUUUCUCACUCUGUCCUGCCUGAAUUUGUUCCUAAAGCCCUGUUUUGUAGUAUUUGCAUCAACUGUUUUUGAGGCAGAUAUCUUUUCCUUUUGUCACUUGCCUUCACAUGUUAGAAUGUGCUGUUUCUAUUGAGAAUGGCCUCAUAGUGGAAGAGAGGAUAAUAAACGACCAAGAAAGAUACAAAUUAUGGUUCCAGACUUAUUUUCUUUUUACAUUUUAUUUUUAUUUUUGUUUUUGCCUUUUGGGUCAUUAUUUGUUUGCAUGUUUAGGGUUCUUAGUCAAUACGUCAAGCUGCGACUUUGUUUCUCCAUUCUGUGUAUAUCUGGUAGAUCUACCAAUGUUUAGUGCAUACAGCUUGUUAUGGUAAGCUUGAAACUGAGUCUUUUUAUUUUUUUGUUUGUUUGGCAGUCUUGUGGCAGAUUAUUUUAGCUCAGGUUGGCCAUGAGCUACUAUGGUUCGGUGGCCAGUAGAUUCAGAUGUGUGAUGCCUUUAGCGUAAUAACUAUGCAAUAUCUUGCGACUUAAAAGUAUGGACUUUGAUGUUAGAUCAAAUGACACUGACACAUAGCUUUAUGUUUCUUUGAUAUGUGACACACUGUUUCUUGGUUGCAAUUUUGAGCAAAUGACUCUAGCCUUUGUAGGAUUGCCUGUUAUGUAUGAAGUGUAUUAUAUUAAUUCAUCAGUGGUGAUAGCAUUUCCUGACAACUAUGUAGGACCCCAGGACAUACAGGUGCCACUAGAAAGCCCAAGAAAUACUGCUGGCAGGUUCAGUCCAGAGAUUCUUCCAAGCAGAGACCCUGAAGUUCACGCUGAGCAAAUAGUCUUGAUCACUGUGAAGCGAGAGCCUCCGUCAUUUGAAACAAGUGACAAUGACCCUGAUGUGAAAGUAUCACAGCCUGGACAGCCUAAUGCAACCACCGCCCUCAGGUCAGCAAAACAAGAACACAUUACGGAUGCAUGGCAAAUGGAAACGAGUGACCAGGGUUAUAUCUACAUGUGCCACCUCUGUCCAGAACGCAUUUGUUCACUGGAAGAGCUGCAGCUUCACUUGCAAAGUCAUUACCUCUGCCAGAACAUGGUGCCUGCUGCAGAGAUCUCGGAUGCAUCUCAUGAAGAGUUUCUGCUCGAAACCAGGCUAGGGGUAGUCGAGCAAGGUGUGGUCCUCCCCGAGGUGCAGCAUAUAGCAUCUGGAAGUUGCAGUGGAGAGUCCAUCGAGCCUGUUCCAAUGGAACAGCAUGCUGUUACUGGAACACUAAGCGAUGAGUUCAGCAUUGACAGCUCCACAGCCUGGAAUAUUGAGUGCAGCUGCCACCAGUGUCAGGCUAAGUUUCCUUCAACGGAGUCGCUGCAGGCACACCUCUGCGCUGAAGGCCAGUCAUGCCACUUGCCCAAGAGUAGUCUGUGCCCUACUACGUUUAGCGAGCAAAGCCCUUUGGCAGUCCACAUGAGAAGUCACUGUGACCAAUCGUCCGACUACAAGUGCCCCGUCUGUCCUGUGGUGUGUUCGUGCGUGGAAGCGCCGACGGUGCGCCCCAAGCGUCAUCUCAAGGGCCGCAAGAAAGAGUGGAUGCUUGACAUUCCUAGAUGCCUCUUUCAGUGCCAUCUGUGUCCCAAGACAUUUGACACUAGGAAGGAACUGCGUGAGCACAAAUCGGAUCAUGCCCGAGUGUAGUGAAUGUGCUGCUUGGGUGUGACUGUGAUCUGUUGUCGUACCUUCGAAGUGCCUGUUGUCGUGCCCUCUGGCACCUCUUCUUCAAAACUGAGGACACGCUUGAGUGACUACAAUACCUUUCCAUGAAUCUAUUCCUGCAGAUGUCCUGCGAAAUGUCAUAAUAAUAGCGUAACACAUAGCUUGUUAUGUGUUUGGUGCGCAAGGUAAAGCAUUUGUCCAAAUUUGGGUAACAAUCUUCUAUGCCAUAGUCUCUUAUAGCUCCUGGAGCUUGACAUGCUGGAUUGCCUACAGAGUUGGGACUGAUUACUUGCACCAGGAAGUUCUGUGUUAUUGACAAGCAGCAUAAGCAGAGUCUAAAAGAAUAGCAAUUUUGUUACUUUUUAACCAGUAAGUUGUUUAUUAUCAUUUCAAUUCUAAAGUUAACAUUGAUGUAUGCUUGAGAAUUUUGCUGAGUUGUACAUCACUCAGUUUCUCUUAUUUGAUGGCUUCACUGCAAGUGUCAUUUUCUUGAUGCACUCCUUCUGCAUUAUAGGUGAACAGUACCUUCAAUUACAUAAACUGCAAAAAUGUUUUAUCAUUUACCCAUCAUCUUCAUUCAUUGUGCCCUGAUGGCCAACUGAAAUAAAAUAUUGAGCCACUCAGAAAGCUCAGUUACUGUAGAUAUGGAGGAGCCUUCAUGCAUAAUUUGAUAUACGAGCAGAAGCGUUAUGAAAAGCUCACAAAAAUAGCCAUUUUUGAUACCAAAAUUUAAAAAAAUGCUGCCAGGGGGGGCUCUCCAGAAGUGAGGCACCACACCGUGGCAUUGCCAUGAGUUCCGUUGUGGUAUACACUACUCAUUUAUAACAAAUUUGUUUUGUAAUUGGCCUCUAAAAGUCAACUGCAAGAAGUCUCAGAUGCUAUAAAACGCCUAGCUUCAGUUAGUACAGAUACAGAGCAGCUUCUCUGCAAAAUUUUAUGUUCGAAUCGUAAAUCAAGGAAUCACUAAAAGCUUUCAGAAAUGGGUUUUUCUGAUACCGAUACAGAAGAGAAAUCAAUAUUAAAGAGGCACUGUUACUGCUCGCAAGGAGAGAUGCCUGACCCAGAGCAGUACUCUGAAAGAUCUCUGAGGCAGCAUGCUGGGAUUGGAGUCAUGUUCAAUAACCACCAGGUGCACCAGGUGUCUGCUUAGGUGCCACCUUAAGGCUGCUAAUUAGAAAGAUAGACAACAACAGUCCUGUAGCUUUGCCAAUGUUGCCUCAAUUGGAGGUGCUACUCAUUUGUAAGCAAUUAAACCAGAGUGAUAUUUUGUUGCAGGUAACCUUUAAAGGCCUCCUUCCAGAUUUUUAAGAUGUUUUGUUGACUCUUUAGUCUUGGCCAGAGGUUGCCAGGGGAUUUAGCGCAGCUUUAAUAGAUAGACACUUUGUAAGGGUGGCCCUUUUAGACUGAGAGCUCACUUAUGAUUUCGUUUUGUUGGCUUUUGCAGCCAUCAUGUGUUGAGGUGACAGGCGGAAAAGUAUGACAUUUAGAGCAUGAGUUAUAACAAACAAGUUUUUUCAUUCAUUUUGGGUGUUGGCAGGUGUUGUCCAGCGCAAGAUGGUGUCGCUGCUACACCAUCAGGAACAGUGUGAUGUGCAUUUGCUUGGCACCACAGCUCCGUUCACCGUUCACAGUUUCCAGAUAACUAUAACCAAUACUGGAUGUGUUUUGCCUAACAAAAGACCAGAAAAUAGCACAGAGGAUGGUCUCCUAAUCAAGGCAACAAGCAAGUAACUGCGCAAAUUACCUCACAAGCCAUUUGCCAACGAAGAGAAAAUGUCUUGGUAAACUCAAAUGGUAAUAAUAAUAACAAUAAGCUUUUCUAAUGUCUAAAGGAGGGUUUAUUGUUAAUGCAUGUUUACAGAACAGUCUUAGGCUUUAAGUGUGAUGUGUUGGGUGGCAAGUCCUGGUUCUGCCAUUCUCAAAAUUAUGCCAAAUCUUGCAAUUUAUAGAAAUUAAGAAAAUUUGCCGUGUGUCCACGUUGGCCUGUGCCUGCACCAAAAAUGUGUUGAACAUGUUUUGUUUGUGGUUCAGCCUUACUAGUUUCUCUGCCUCCUUAAAAUGGACUGUGAUGUUCAGUGAUGGAGUUUGAGCAUACAUUAAGCCUGCACUACAGUUGCAGUUUUAUUAGAUCUGCUACAGCAAAUUGUAGCCUGGAGCAAUUAGCUUCAUCUAUAAUGACUUCCUAUGAGACCUCGAUAAGUGUAAUGGGGCUGUAGCUAUGACUAGGUUCCAAAUGGAGUGUGCUAGCUAUUUAUGACACUUUUACUCAACUUAGGAGCCUCUUUUGAGAAAGUAGGCUGGGCAUGCUAGUCAUUUCUAGCCAGCAGAAUGUUAUUUCAAUAUGUGUUGCGUCAGAAGUGAUGUUUGUAUCUGCCUGUCAUUUUGGCAUUGAAAGUACCGAAUGUUGCGCUUAUUAAAUUAGGGAGGCAGGUAUGCCAAACAGCGGCAUGCCAUGCUACCGCCACCUCUUAUUUCCGGGGCAUAAUGGGUAGUCCCGCUUUUGAGCAUACGAAGUUGUGCUGCAGUUGACGCACAUUUUGAAUUUGAUCUUGUUAAAAUUUUGUGAUUACAUUUGUUAUUACACCUAAAGAAUUGAUGCCUUAUGUCGUAGUGAGUGAGUUAUCCAUUAAAAAAAAAAGAAAACUAGCAAACAUGUUGUGUCUGCAUUCUAGAUGUCACACUUGUGCACACUGAACCAUGACUGCUGCAAAGGCGUGGUGCAGUUAUGUCAGUUGUUUCCAGGAGAAAUAAUGGGUGCUGGUGACGACUCCAAUUGUUAUUAUCUGGCUUGAGGCACACUGGCUGUAUAGAUAAUCCGGUAAAUAUUGUUAAAAGAUCCACAGGAUUGCAAAAGAUUCUGCACAUUGUCCAGGCUUUUAAAUGUGCUCUCACCCAAGGAAUAAGGCUUCCUUCACAUUUUAAG